AUGAAUUCUGUAUCCCUCCGUCUAGUGGCUCUCGCUGCUUUACUCUUUGCAUCCUUUACCCUAGGAAAAAAUGAUGUCAACCCUAAGCUAGUCAUAAGUGAGGUUUCUCGAAAGAUAGAUCUUUCGACCCAGCUCACUAAAAUCAGCACUUCUCUAACGAUCGAAAAUGGAGGCGAUUCAUCAACAGGGUUUUUCCAUCUCGCCAUUGAGCCGUCACUUGUGGAUAAACUUGCAUUCGUUGGAGCCUCGGUGAGUUCUUUUCUUUAAGGCGCUUUUGGCUUAUAGAUCAAAAAUUGCGUGUUGUAACUCUUGGAAUCUUUUGUCUGCAAAUUUGAUUCUUUGCCACGUACGAAUCGAAGCAAUAAUGUCGUUUUUAUUCCGCGUUGAUCUUUUAGGCUAGGAACCCUGAGGACGAAGAAUCAAGUUUAGUUUUGUCCGAAGUAGAUAUCAGUUCACACAGGUAAACAUAGGCAUGUUUAUGAACGUUUCAGUUAAACAAUAAGCAAAAUUAGCUUAAAUUGUUGUAUGACUUAAGCAGGGUAACGUGCGUGACUGGUAUGAUCUUUGAAUGCACAUUUUAUAACUCUGUUAAUUGGGUUAUCAAAGUUUGAGGAUAAAUUUGAAAUCAUCGGUCAAAUUCAGCAUGGUCCAGCAGACUUCCGUCAUCUCUCUACAUGCGAGUUGAAUUUCAUGGGUGGUUGUUACUAACAUUUCUUUUAUCUGAACACCCUUCUCUACCAGACAUCUAAACAAGGUUAAUACAACCCCUUUUUUUGAAAUGUAGAACUUCACGCAUGAUGAAUUUAAUGCAAACAAGGAACAUUCUAUUGCUCUCACUUAUUUGCAUUAGAUUCAAAGCACAUGAAAUGUGAAGUGGGCCUAAGUCCAGCAUUGAAAGAAUUGAUCGUGCUUGAUGUGUAUUUUUGUUUUAAUUACAUUUUUUAACGCCUCAAGCCAAAGUUCAUUUACAUGUAUUAUAGUUGGAACCUAUCAUAAGCAACUGCCUUCCAUUGACCUGUUAAACCCCAAUUCUCUAGACUGAUCCUAAAGAAUAUUUGGGGAGAAUUUGGUAAAAGAUCAAAGCAUUUUUCCUGUGGUGAUCAUUUAAUUAAUUCUUGUAACCCUUUCUUUUGAUGAUGUAUCAAUAUUGUUAGGAGAAAAUUGAUAUUUGUUGCUCUUGGGACUGAAAGGGCUCACCCAUGAUGGCAUUUUGAGUGGUUAGUUAUAAAUGCCUUGUUCAUUUAUUCAUGUUCCCUAUUUUGUCACUGUAUUGUUUCAGUGAGACAAAGUUUUUCAAAGUUGAACUAGGAUUUCGUCUCAAGCCAGGAGCCUCUGUUGAUGUCACAACUGAAGAGGUGUUUGUGCAUGCCAUGACUCCCUUUCCAACCAAGAUCAGUCAAUCUGAGAAACAGUAUGUUGUCUUCUCUGGAAAUCACUACUAUUACUCUCCUUACACUGUCAAAAAGCAAACCACGACUGUCUCCUUGGCAACAUCCUCUGUUGAGUCACACACUAAGCUUAAACCAUCUAGUCUGUCCGACAACGCGGUGACGUAUGGACCUUACAGUGAUGUUGAGGCAUAUUCAGCAGAUCCCAUGAGAGUGCACUUUGAAAAUAGCACCCCCUUUCUCUCGGUAAGUUGUUAUGCAUGUAGCUUUCAUUAUUUCUCUUGAAGAAAAUCAAAACUCCCUGGGAUGAAAUACAUGUAUUACUCCUGAUGUCCUUGAACUCCAUCAAACUUAUACUUGUUUUUGUUUUCCUUGGCACAAUUUUAAUGUACAGUUUACUACUGUUGUUAAUUAAUAUUAGUACAUGUAUAUUGUACUAUCUGUGUGACACCUUGAGAACUUCUUUUGCACACCUUUUAAAUACUCCAGGACCUCUCUGAAAAUCACUCUGGUGAGAGAGUCUCGUGGUUAAAAAUUGUUAUUAUUAUUAUUAUUAUUAUUAUUAUUAUUAUUAUUAUUAUUAUUACCUUUUUACCUUAUUAAAAAAAAGUAUGCAAAGGCAGUUCUAAUGGCUGAGGCUUUGCUCAAAAAAAAUUAAUGUAAUAAAUAAUAUUGUUAUCACAGCAUCUCUUUGUGAGCUUGCAAGCUUUUCAGAAUGUUGAUGGUAUUUUUUUAUAUUCCUCUACUUACUGUACAAAUAAAGGUUGUUGGUAUGACAAGGACCAUUGAAGUUUCUCACUGGGGAAACAUUGCAGUUGAAGAAACCUACCACAUGAAGCAUGUUGGAGCAGAGCUCAAGGUAUUUUUCUUUUACCCCUUGGUACCUAGUUUGUGUAAGGUGUGUGCUUUGUCCCAACCAUUUGUCAUAAAUAUCUGUUGAUUGUUAUCAUUGUUGUUAUCAUAUAAUUAGGUAUAAAUUUGAGUAUGAAUUACAGACCAGUCACACAUGAUACCCCAUAGCUACAACCAAUUGCAAAAAUGUUGAGACACUCCCAUGAAAAAACGACCUUUCUUGGUUCAAAUCGCUCCUGGUCACAGAUCUGUGAGAUAUAAUACUUACCUCCCUCCUCCCUCCCAUUCAAAGUUGUUCCUCCAAGUUUUGAGUAUGGUUUUGUAUUGCUAGCCACUUUGAUAAGGGGUGGAGGGGGAUCACAAGCACAAGAUCAUGGACAGGCCAUUUAUCCCAAAAUACGGUACAGUUUCUCAAGUACGAACACAUGAAAGUGUCAAAUCUCUGUCUACUUUGUCCAUUUCCCCACCUCCUUGAAACGUGAAUUGCAGCCCACCUCCACCCCUAACCUUAACCCAGCUCUAACUCCCCCUCCCUUGCUGUUGUUUAAAUGCGCCAGCACCCCUGGCUUUCUUUGGUUAUCUUCAUUAACUUUUCCUGGCACCAUUCUUCGUUUUUUAGGGUUCAUUCUCCAGAUAUGAUUAUCAACGAACUGCAGCUCCAGCAUCCAUCAAAUCCUUCAAAUCAGUUCUCCCUGCGGCUGCUAGUGAUGUGUACUACCGUGAUCAAAUUGGCAACAUCUCCACUAGUAACCUGUGGUCCCAGGAAGAUUCCGUGGAGCUUGAACUGCGACCAAGGUUUCCCUUGUUUGGUGGCUGGCAGACCAGGUUCUACAUGGGCUACAAUGUGCCCAGUUAUGAGUACUUGUACAAUCUAGGUGAGCGGAUAACAGAGGUGUACUUCUAGAUUGUGAGCAUUUCAAUCCUCAAGUAAUGAGAUUGAUGGAAACCGUAACAUGUGAAAUGUUUCUGAAAUCAGAUUUGAGAAGCAGUUAACUAACUGAACACUGUUGGAAAGUCACAAAGCAGUGUUGUUUUAAUUUGUAGUAUUCAUUUUCACUUAAUCAGAUGUUACAGACACAAGCUUAACCUUUUUGGUAGUCACCUUUUGGUGACCUAAAAGUGUAAAAUGGUCUCCAGACAUUAAGGAAUAAGUAAAUAAAUAAAAAGGCCACUUUGUGCAACAUUUCAUAAAAGGGUUAAAAAUCAAAAUGGCUGUCAAACUAUCAAAACUGAAUUUUUGGGUGAAUAAGGUGAUCUAUAAAGACAUUCAUUGGAAAGUAAAUAUAUUGCAUGCAAAUGUUUAUCUCAUCUUAAUUUUAGAAAGACCAUUAACUUACACUAACUAUGAAAAACACCAUGGCUUGGUUGCAUUACUUAAAAAAUUGGGUUUCCCAAAAUUGGCAACCUUUGCUGGAGUAUUAGUCGAUAAGUUUUUCCUACUUACCAUGGCAGCAAAAAUGUACAGUACACAUAUUUUUUGUUCUACAAUGUUACCAAGAUAAUAAGAUGCUAAUGAAUAUUUAUAUUAAUUGUUAUCCUAUUGUAGGGAACAGAUACAUUUUGAAAAUGAGAGUUGUCGACCACAUCUUUGAUGAGUUUGUUGUGGAUCACCUUAUCUUACGAAUUAUUCUCCCUGAAGGAUGCACGUAAGGGCUUUUAUUUCAUCAUUAUACUAAUAUGUAAUCUUCAUAAAACCUGACCAAUACUGUGAGGGUUGCUGCUUAAUUAAUGGAGGUUCAACUGUAUUUUAUUUUCCUCCAGUGAUAUUCAACUGAAGACUCCUUUCAAGAUGGAGGAGGGAAAGCGUGAGCUACAUUUUACAUAUCUUGAUACAGUUGGCCGUCCAGUGAUUGUUGCACACAAGUCUAGCUUAGUGGAGCAACACAUUCAGGACUUUGAGGUACAUUCAUUAAAAUAAUGUUCUUUGCUAUGUGUGUUCAUUUUUUUGCAAAACAAAAAGUUGGCAUUAUUCUCAUGAUUCUCAUUAUUCCUGUUAUUCUCAUGAUAAACCUUGUUAAUAUAAUAUAUUAUUGCUCUCAUUAUUAUGACAGUAGAGAACUCAAAAUAGCCUUGCAGUACUCUCUCCAUUAUAGCACACUUAAACUCAGUCUUACCAGAAAGUCUUGCUUUAAUUAUUAGAGCGGUUUUCACUUGACUGUCGUAAAACCAAAACCAAAGUAAAUACACUAGCCAACCAAAGGGCGUAGUAAAACCAAAACCAAAACCAAUUCCUCAAUUACUUUCGACAGUCAAGUGAAAACCGCUCUACUGCUCUUUUCAAAAACACACAAACACUGAAUUUCAAAAGCUAAUUGUUGUUUGCAUCCUUGGCUGCCACCAUUUAUCUCAGCAGACCUUAGGAAACAGGAGUUUACUUUAACUAGUUCAAAACGUCAUGUUUGGUGAUUUGUGAUAGAUGGAUUUCGAUCCGUUUCGUGUGUGUCUGUGUUUUAAUUUUCAUUGCUUGUGAUUGUAAUUAUGAUUGACAGCAGUGCUUAGUAAUGUGCUACAGUAACUUUGUUCUGUGUGUUUUUGGCUCCAGUUUUAAUUCACAUGCCAUUGACUACAUGAAUGCAGUUGCAGGACUAUAUUAAUACUAUAAUUGUCUGCAGUUUUACAUUGUUUACUUGACCCUCCCAAAAUACCUGAUGAAUGUGAGAGAAAAUUACUUAAUGCAGAAAGUGUCAGUCACAGUGUGUCCUUAAUUUGUUUGAAUGGUUUUUUCCUUUUAAACCAUUUCUACAGCUUCACUACUCCUUCAACAAAGUGUUAUUGUUACAAGAGCCACUUCUUAUUGUUGGUGCAUUUUACUUGCUCUUCAUGGCUGUUAUCAUCUACAUGAGGCUAGACUUUGCAAUCAGUAAGGUAAUAAUCAGAUGGUGAUUGGAUGUUGUGUUGCACAGCUGUAUUUCUUAUAUAACUGUUCUGUAAAAUCGUUUCCUAUAAAUGAUACUGGAAAUCGCUGUAGAAUCAAAGAAAACUUAAGUCAUCUGGCCGUGUUGAUGACCUCCUUUUCAAAAUGUUUGUAAGUUUGAAUCCUUUUUUUGUGGUUCUUAUGGAGAAAAAAACAUUUUCACUUGAUAGAUUUUGUUUUACAUGUACCUUAUUUUAAUAGUGAGUGGUGUUGGACGUUGGAAAUGGCCUACAGUUUCUCACAUUGUGUACUUAAAAAGCUUUCUAGGCACGGUGAUUUUGUUACCUCUGCGUCCUGCUUCCCUGACACAUAGAAAUCCCCAAAGACGCAAAAUAAUGUUGGUAAUAACAAUAGGCUAAUUCCCAAUAUUUGGUCCUCCCAUUCUAGGAUGAAGCUAAUGAGUCCCGUAUGCGAGCUGCUUGUCUGAUUGAGGAGGUGCAACGUCUUUUGGAUCGCCAGAGUGGUCUCUACUCUGUGUACGCUGAUGCCAUUCAAAAGUAUAAGCAAAGCAAGGAUGCUACUGCUUUUGCUAAUGCACGUAAGAAGCUUGAUGGGGACUACCGUGCCAUCAGCAAUCAGAUCUCGCAGGUGCAGGCUUCCUUAAGCAAGGAACAGCCUGAGGCUGCAGAAAAGGUUAGAGCAAAAUUGUUGGUUGCCAGUGACACAAAAACCUUUGGUACAUGAAAAGGCAUCAACUCAAGACAUGUUUUUUUUUUCAAAUUUUCCACCCAUGCCUUGAUCUCAUUUCACCAUGUGACCUUACUUGAGUGAAAUGUCAACUUCAUCUAAUGCCUGCAUGAUAAGCAUUUUUUUUCCAGACUUUACUCCUGUACUCUUCCCUGUCCCUACUUGGUACCUAGAAAAAUAAUUUAAACCUCCAACUCAGUUUUGUGCCAGUUGUUUUCUAGCUGCUAGAACAGUGCAGCAGUGUUCAUCUGACAGUGUUUAAGUUCAUAAAUUAUGUAAUAAAUAUUAAGACACCUUCCUAAGGUAGACAAAGCCAGUUAAACAAUCUGUCAGAUGUCUUGUGUUUGUCUAUGAGUAAACUCUGUGUGGAGAUAUGCACCUUUUUGAUAAACAAAAACAUUAAGAGCCUUUUCUGAAGGUUAUUGCAUACAGAAAUCAAGCCAUCCAGGGAAUGAGACUGCCUCUUAUCUGAUAGUCUGUAAACAAUCCUUCUGGUUCGAGUGAAGUAAAGUGAAGCUGGUCACCAGGAAAACUGAGAGAGGAGGAAGAGGGAAGUCUCUCCCCACCCUUCUCUGUUUUUGUCUCCUCCCAGAUUCCAUUUUUCCUACCAAAGGCCCUGUUUAUACGGAGAAAACCUUUCCCCGUUAGAAGGGAAACCCUUCCAGCCGAGCCAAUUUUAGUAAGAGUAUAUUUGGGAAAAAAGUUUCUAACCCAAGCCAAGACAUGGCACUCCCGCAUACUCUAAUUGUCUCUCCUUGACCAAGUUGACCCAGCUUGGGUAGCCAAAGUGUUUUAUAAAUGGAGGAAAGUUGGCCCAGCCGGGAGGGUUUCCCCUCUAGCGAAGACAACUUUUUGUUUCUCGUGUAAACUGUAGGCUACAUUUUUAAGGAAAUGUAUGAAAAGUUGGCUCGCUCAGGGUAGCUUGGUUAGGUAGGUGACCCUUUAAUCCGCGGCAAUUUUCUCCAUAUAAAAAGCAGAGGCCUUAUUCUUCUCAGCUUUUGCUUUUUACUUAUCUAGAGACCCUGGCCAUGGGCCACCUCCUCUUUUUCAUGGCUGCAAGGCGAGGCUGUGUUUGCAGGCUAAUCUUUAACUAUGGUUACUUUUUUUUUUGACAGCUUACUGAGCUGCAGCGCAAGGAAUACGAGAAGAAGCAGCUGUUGGACUCGGCCAUUGUGAUGGCUGAAAAGGUGGUGAAUGGCCGUUUGAGCAAACAAGGCUAUCUGGAAGGAGAAGGCAACAAUAAGACCAAGAGGCAGAAAUUAAGUGCUGAGAUUGAAAGCUUGGCUGCAUGCCUUUGAUGAACCCCUCAGAUACCUAGGUGAUAAUUUUCAUUGACGCACCCUAAUGUGGUUGAAACCCUCUACUGUAGUGGCUCGAGAGAGUCUGGUUUGU